CCUGUCCCCCUGUCCCUGGACACUUCCCUAGACUAUAAAACUGUCCUCAUCUUGCCUUCCAUCAUCAUUCAUUCAGUUUCAGUCUGUGAUUUGAAUCCUAGUGACAACAUGAAGCUACUGAUCUUUCUAGUUCUGGCAGUGGUGGGCUGGGUGUCGGCUGAGAUCAAACUGACAGAGGAAACGCGCCCGGUCAAGGUCGAGAAAAGCGAUGACCUUGAGACGGGGUCAUCGGAACAUGACCUCCAAGCCUCACCCUACAGCUACGCUAAUGCCUACGGAUAUCAUGGAGGUGCUCUGGGUCUCUAUGGUAACCCGUUCGGGUAUGGAGGAUGGUAUCCCUAUGCUCAGCCUUACAGUCAUGGACUCUAUGGUGGAUAUGGAGGCUAUGGAGGAUAUGGAGCAGGAUACGGCGGCUACGGAUACGGAUUGAAAGGAUACUAUCCAUAUGGAGCGACCUCCUACUCCCACAGAUACCAGGAACACUACCCAGUCUACAAAACCUAUGGAUACGGAUAUCCUUACUACUACGGAAAAUACAGAUCGCCUUACUAUGGAUACGGACAUGCCUAUCAGUACAAUCUAGGUCAUUACGGAGGAUACGGUCAUGGUUAUCCUUACGGAGGUUAUGGAGGAUAUUACAAGAGAUGAACAAAUGACAACAACUAGGAACAACGCUUAUUUUCUACCUAAUUUAUACUGAAAAACAACUUGUAAAUAGUGGAAUGUGAUUGAAUUUGUAAAUGAAUUUUUUCAAGAUCUG